GCCAGAUCACGACGAGUAGUAGUAUGAAGGUGCUGCAUCUUCUCUCGCUGCUCUCGACGCUGGCUGCCGCCGUCGACUAUGACGCGCAGGCCGAGGCCAUCGUGGCCAAGAUGACGACGGACGAGUGGAUUGGUCAAAUGACGCAGCUCGACCUCUCGUAUAUUAUGGACGGAAACGGCAAGCUCAACGAGUCCAAGGUGCGCGAAUGCGCCAAGCUCCGCGUCGGGUCUUUUCUCAACGGCCAAAUGAACGUCACCGAGUGGCGCAGCUUGCUGGGUCGUAUCCAAGACAUCUUCAAGGAAGAAGGCGCGCCGCCGAUGCUCUUUGGCCUCGACUCGAUCCACGGCGCGAGCUACACCUUUGGCGCCGCGCUCUCGCCCCAGCAAACCAACAAGGGCUCAUCGUUCAACCGCGACCUCGUGCGCAAGUCGGCGUAUGUCACGGCGCGCGACUCGGCGGCGAGCGGCGUCAACUGGAUCUUUGCGCCCAACGGCGACGUUGUUGUCCACAAGCGCUGGUCGCGCAUCUUUGAGAGCUACGGCGAGGACCCGUACUUAGUCUCGGAGAUGAUUGCCGAGGCCGUCACGGGUAUUCAGUCGGUGCCCGGUGUCGCGGCCAACUUCAAGCACUUUGUCGCGUAUGGCGCCACGUCAACGGGCGACGACCGCGGGGGUGCCUUCCCGACCGAGUACCAGCUGCUCAACUACUACUCGCUACCGUUUCUCUCGGCAAUCAACGCCGGUGCGCUCAGCGGUAUGGCGAGCUACGAAGUCGUCAACAACGUGCCGAUGGUGAGCAACCAAAAGCUCACGGUGGACCUGCUCCGAAAGGACAUGAAGUUUGACGGGCUCCUUGUCACGGACUGGUUUGACAUUUACAGCCUCAUCGACCACAACGUCGGUGUCUCGACCCGCCAAGCGGCGAUCGCGAUGAGUCUCAACCAGGCUUCGAUCGACAUGAGUAUGGUGCCGGACGAUCCGGACUUCAU